AUGACACUAGCCGCUCCACGAUUCGCAAUACCGAAAAAGAAAAAGAAAGUCGAGGAAUUGUCGCAAGAGCAAGACUUGGUGGAGCCAGAUUCGCGACCCGAGUGGCAAAAUGUUCAACCAAACACUUCGCAGUUCACGAAAUUGGAAGAAAUCAUACGUAAAAACCGAUUUGACUCAAACAUGCGACUCACCAUCCACAAAGCUGAACAAUUGAACAAUCCGUGGCUCACCUAUAGAUAUGAGAAGUACCGCAAAAGCCUAAAAGCCAGUGGGCAGCCAGACAAAGAAGACGCAGCAUUCUUCCAGAUUUCUACGUCGCCCCAAGAGCUUGCACAUAUUGCCGAAAACGGACUAGCUGUUGGAACAUCUAUAAAUGACGAUCUGGGCGAUAGCGAAAGCGGUGUAUACCUCUCGGCUAACAUUGAUUUUGCGAGCCCACAAUGUUUCUUGGUCGGCCCUAGGGGUCCAUGCAUGAUUCGAGUUCUGAUAUGUAAAAUACUGAAGGGAAGAGUAAAUCAGGUGGGGCUUGGCUCGAAAAAUUUGGAUCCAACUUCUGGUUACGGUUGUCACAUGGCUAAAUCGACGGGUGAAGACUCUCGUAGACGAAGUCGCGUAGAUGUAUAUCGUCAGCAAUUGAUAUACAUGUAUGAAAUUAACGAAGAUCUUGAGUCCGUGCUCGUUCCUUCAGGAGUUCUUCCGUAUGCUUUCGUCGAUGUGGCUAUUGACACUAGAGCGUUAACCGAUAAAAGAUUACGCCUACCAAAGUUUGAACUCUCGAGCUGCAUCUACACUGGGAGGGUUCUCAUAGUGAAUACACCGCAUACAGUCAACUUUCUGACAAACAGUGACGAGACCUGGAAGCCACUUGGAAUAGAACCAACUCUCCAUGUGAAAAAUUUUGUCAAAUGGAAAAUGGCCCUUGAACAGUCGCCACUCUCGGAUUUGAUGCAAAAUGAAUUUUUUGGCGCGCUGCUUCACAGGAAAGAGAUUCAGCUAUCCAAUGGCUGGUUUGUGGCUUGUUUUAUAUUGGCUUCAUCAGCACCUUCUGUUCCAUUUACUAAGCUUAUUGAAACCUUGAGCACCAAUCAACUUGUGGGUUUAUGGGCCUCGGCAGAUAACGUCCAAAGUUUACUGAUUCCGUCUGGAGAGCUUGUCAAUCGUUUGGGCUUGCCAUCACACAUCGAAUCAGCUUUACAUUUGAUUGUGACUCAACCACGCUCAUUCUAUAGCUUUCAUCAGGACACGCUCAAACAAAUAAUGCUGGCAAGUCGUUACCCAUCAACCAACGAGAUUGUUCAAGGAUUUCACCAACAACUGGAUGAUUACAUCACCGAAGAAUUUGACCGACACAUAAACAGUCAAGCUGGGAUUAAUGCCUGUCAUCGAUUUGAAAGCAUGUCACAUAUCAAUAAAGCCAAGCCAGAGAACAGUCGCUCGUCACCGACCUCUAUUCUGCGUAAGAAAGAUGUGCCAAUCAGUGUAGCAAGUGAGCCUAUUGAAGGUGUGUCAGAGCGCGACACUCAAGAGCGACUGAAUGAACGAGAAAGGGAAACGAAUCGACGUCCGACAAUGAUUGAAACGAACCAAGUUAUAGUAGGGAAUCCCAGAAGGAAAGGAAACGAUAGCAAUGAGCAAACAGAGGCUUCUCGAGACUUUAGACAACUAUUUUCACAAGCCCUAGGCAGAACUCCAUCAAAUGUCGCUGUUACCGAAGCUACUCCUGAUGAGCAGUCACUUGAGUUGUCGAUCUCUACUAAUUCUCUACCUAUUGAAGCCAAGAAAACAAAAACACGAAUUUCGGACAUGCCUAUGCCCCCAGCUCACAAAAAAGACGAAUAUGACCCUGGUUCCAUCGAUUUCAUAAACGAAGAAGCAGUAGAAUUGGCCGAUGAAGAUAUUGAGAAUGCACCUUCACCGGAAUCUAUUACGAAUUUGGACACAUAUGAUGCGCCCUCCAGUUUGCAGGAAAAUGACAAUGUUGAGUGGCAUGUGGAUUCUUCCAUUGGGUCUCCAGAAACGCCUACAAAUGACGAGGAUUUACGAACAAACCUUGAUAAGGAAGAUAUUCCGGAAAAUCACGUCAACUCGCUCGUGUUUCGAACUAUUUACAAGGAGAAUGAACCAAAUGAAGAACGCGCGGAAGUAAAACAAACGGCCAAGAAGCUCGAAGAUUUUCUUUCUGGAUUUAGUUCUCGCUUUAUAGAUACAUCAAUGAAUCGUGCGCCUGCAAGUGAAAAUGCCAACAGUCCACCACCCUCAGCCAGUCCAUCAUUUAAUGAACAAAUUUCCCAGACAAAAGCUAUUCCACUUGAAGGAGAGGUUAAGUUUGAUGAUCCUUCUGUACCUAUGGACACCGAUUUUCGGGAUAACUUUGUUUCAAACAAAGAUGUGGAUCUUCGAUUGAACCUUCCAGAUGAGUCACAAAAAUCGAAUGGUGUGCCGACGAAUAAAAAAUUAAUGUGGCCUCCUUUAACGAAAAAUCAAGAACUGGUUUACCAACAAGGAAUUCUACGAAAUAUGUCUGAAGACCUACAAAUUAAUCCAGGAGUUCUACACAAUACACAAAGACAAAGCGCUCCCUUUGAGAAAAACUCUAGACCAAAGCCAAGCCUAUUACCAAUGGCAAAUGUGGGAAGCGCCGGACAAGCUUAUCAAGAUGGAAACAUAAGAAUCAUACCUAAUCAACGAGAAACGGCUCCGCAACCAUGGAAUAAUUCAACUUCUUUCACUGAAAAUCAGCAAAGAUCUGAAUACGAGACGAAAGAUCCAAUAAUGGAUGAAGGCCCAGCUUCCCCAGACUUAGAAGAAGGAGAACUCUUUGAAGCCAAGGAAACUGUCAAAGCAAUUCCUUCAAGUAGUGUUGCCGAUUUGCGGGAGAUCCCAUCAGAGCAAAAGUUCCCUAAUACGUCCCAUUUUUUCCCUUCGUCUAUGAAGCAGCCAAUGCUUCCCUCAAUGCCGGGGGUGAAUCCAGCUUUUUCUGUCAACAGUACAAAUCAACAUUUUCGUCCGUCUUUGCCUCCUCAAGGAUCACCUUUUGGUCCGUUUUCGCAACAAUCACGUCAACCCCCACAAGGGACAAUGAGAGGAGGACCCAAAGUGACAAUCAUUAUUCCCGAUGGCAUGUUGUUUAUAGCAGGAACUGCUUUGACCCCGGAUUUGCUGAAAAGAAUCUUAAUGAGACUGAUGGCUCUUAACCAAGGACCUGACAAAUAUGUGAUGCAUUUACAUCAUCAUUGUAACAAAGCACUACAAGAUAGAAUUCUAACAACUCCUGAGAAUACUCCAGCUGGGCAAAUCCUCAGAGGCUUGGUCACUAUAAUAGAACGUUUUGCGCAGUACAAUGUUGUGAAGAUUCUUGCCAAGCAUAACUGCGAUUUGGACAAUAGAUCUAGUGACGUGAUUGUUGGUUGUUUACAUCAAAUUCGACGAGCUCAAAUUACUCCAACGACAAUUAUUUUUAUGAGCAAUGCUUCGGUCGGAGCUGUAUUUGGACGACGAAUCAUUCAAGAUGGUUUUGCUUUGGAAUCUCCAACAGAUUUGGCGUCAAGAUUGAGUGCU